AGGUCAAAGUUGAACUAUGACGUACACCAAUACUAAUUGAAGAGCUAUCAGUAGCGUCUUUUUGUGUGGUUGUUUCGUGUCUAAUUUGAGCAAAAAUGUUGUUUAAUUUCUAGCCAAGAUCAAUAACAACAACAACUGCUUCUUCAAAGCGUUUGUGUUUAACUAGUCGACUAUGUCAGUUAAUUAGCGUGUUAGCAAAGAACACGCAGCGUUAGCUCAACUAUGGACGCGCUGAGCAUCGUUGCGGAUGAAGUGGCGUUGGAGGGACUGGAGGGAAUAACCCUCCCUUCUCUUUGGAUUCGCCUGGAGGACAGAAAGCCAAAGUUCCCGCUGAAGCUCGACGACUGCACCAAAGGUUUCAUCUGGAGGUCCCUCGCUAGCAACGCCGAGCUGAGCUUCUACGAACUGCCUGUGGAGAGACAAGACGUGGAGCUGUUUGACAGGUUUAUCAACAUCGACCCAGAGACGGGCUUUGAAAUAAAACACAAAUUCAUCCCUGAGAAAAUGAAUAUCUAUCCUGCUAGUAUCAUUCCUGAGAAUAAGGAUGGAAUUCAAGGCUCGUGUGUCUUCUUCAAAGAGAGGAAGGAUGUCACCAAGCAUGUCCGCUGCAAGUCUCUCACCCCGCUGGUUAGCAUACAGGAAGCGAUGGAAAAAUAUGGACGGAAACUUGUAGUCGUUGCAUCUCAGGCUCUGAGAUUCCGAACUCUGAUCGGGAGCGGGACCGAUCCUGACCUAAAACUCAGUAACGAGUCGUUCUGCCUGCUUGAGCGGAUCGGCCGUGGACGUUGGCAGGGAGAACUACAAAGUGAUCUGCAUACAACCCUUUUCAAGAUAGACCCACGGACGAUGCACUAUUUCAGGAAGUCUCUUGUCAAGCAUGACCUGAUCACCAUGCAGUCUUAUAUCAGACGGCUGACGACAGGACAGCAGCAGCACACCAUUCUCCUCCUGCUGAAACGUUUCCAUGUAAACAGGAGGAGCAAAAAUGAUAUUCUGUUGGAGCAAGUGUCCGACUUUCUGCAGCAGUUACCGAAUCAGUUCUGCCCUGUGGAUUAUCUCAAAAAACAAUUAAAUAUGAAUGAAAAGACUUUAAAGCGUGUGUUUAGUUGCUUCCGAUUCAGCAAAAUUGUAGAGUUUUCUCAGCAUCCUAUAGAAGAAAUAGAUCCCACCGCGGAACCUGUCACCAAUAAAAAUGGCACUAAAGUUCUUGUGCGCUGUAUAAAGCUCUUGAAGCCAUACGGGAACAGAAACACUGCCGAUUUUGAUGACGAGGAUGAUGAAGAUGAAGAGUAUGCUGGAGGCAGAGGAGGAGGACUCCCCUCAGAAGGAAGAAUCAUGGAGAGGGACAUCCUGUCACAGGCCUAUCACAUCAUUUUGUCCUCUGGUACAAAGGGAAUGUCUCAGAGGGAGGUCGGAUUAAGGUUGAACAUUGGUAAGCUAGAAUCCCGUGUGAUCUGUCGACACCUGAGCAAGGCUGAUGUGAUUAAGAGUUUCAUGGAGGAUGAGGGUCGGCAGAGGACUUACAAAUUCAUUAGCCACAAAUUUGUGAGUGGCAGCAAUCAACUCCAGCUGUUUGCUAAAGAGCAGGAGAGAAGCAAGCUGUUGUGCUCCUCAUCUCCAAACGUGUUAGACACAGAGCCAGACUCCUCUAAAACAUCGUCAACCUCGAAAGUGCCCAAAACCAAAGGCUGCAAAACCCCCAAAGGCAGGAAUAGCAAGAAAGCAGGUGAAGGGAAAAAGAAGGAUGCUGAAGAGGAGCAGCAGCUGGUUUGUGAAAAUCUCACAGAGGAUUCGGUGGAUGAAAAUCCAGAUGGAAAAAGUAAUGGAGUAAAUGCGAAAUCAAGAAAAAAGAAGAGUGUGAAGGAAAACAACAUGACAGCAAAGCAGACCCAACCUGACACUCCCACCACACAAUCUACUCAAGCUGAAUGUGAGACCCCCUCCUCCAGUGGAUCUAUGGAGGAAACAACGCUGAACUCUGCUGACAUUCCAACUGCAGUGGAGGAAGAGGAACAACCCAACUUAUCUCCUGCCAGCUCUUUGCCUCAGAGCGAGGCUGCUCUUUCAUCUGAUAACUCAUCCAGCACCAAGAUCAUUGAAGUUGAGAGUGAUUUCCAACCACAGAGGUCCCAUGAGACGUACCGCCUGUUGAAGAGGAAGAACUUAAUUGUUGAAGCCAUCCGUAACCUCAAGAUCGUAGAAGGCUUUUUCCCGCUACAGAAGAUAAUCAGUGAAGCAGAAAAGCAGGAGGGUGUUAAUACAAAGUGUUGCAGAAAGACUGUUUUACGGCUUGUCCACUGUCUGUCCAAAGAAGGCUUACUGAAGCUUUACACCACUACUGUUGUGCAGGACGGCGUCACCAAAAAGGUGAACAUAGUUGUUCAUCCAUCUAUUCAACCCAAUGAUGAGAAAGUUAUUCAACUCAUUGACGAGGUUCGCUUCAAAAUCUCAAGCUCAUAUGCAGCUGGACGCCUGCAGGUUGCUGAAGAGAAGCAGCUCAAAUCCACAUCUAAAGAACAGAGGAGUGAUGCUCUUCACCAGAGCUUAGAAGAUGAGGAAGACAAAAAUUUUAAGCCCACAACAGUUCCUGGACUUGGCAAAACAUUUGGCUUCCAGCCCAAAAUGAUCCGUCUGCGGGUCAUUCAUAGCUUUCUCUGGUACCUGCUCUAUGACCACCCACUGAGAGAUAAAGCCUCUAAGCCGGAUUUGUCCAGUCAGACACCAGUAGAACCAGUCGAAUCCAAUCCUGACACCAAGCUCCCAGAAUCCAAAGCAAAACUGGAUGUGAAAGAAUCUGAAACCUCUAAUUCAAGUCUGAUGGGCGAGGGAUCAGGGGAUGAAGAUAGCCAGCAGAGUGAUAAAUCUAAACCUGAUCAGUGUGACUCUGACUUGAAAGUGUAUGUUGAUGAACACUCAUGGAGGAGAUUUGUCCCGCCUGUUUAUGUCCAAAAAGGCUUCUCUACUGGCUGGGCGAUGCUUCGCAAUAUUCUACUUUGCUUGCCGCUUUCCAUUCUUGUGCAGAUCGUACAGUUUAAUUACAAGGUGGAUGAACUGGAGGACUAUCUCAGUGACCCUGUGAAGCAGCACUAUCUUGUGAGAGCACUGCCUCAAAGAAUGAAAAGACAGCUUCUUUAUAAAAGGAGAUACAUCCACGUCUUUUAUGUGAACCUGCAGAAGCUGACCUACAUGGGCUUAUUGCAGUUCGGUGUUGUUGAAAGGUUCAAAGACAAAGACCAGGUGUUUAUUUAUGUGAAACGCAAUGCCACCAUUGUCGACACAACCACUUCAGAGCCUCACUACUGGCUGGUCCAGGAGCCCCCUGACAAGCCCUUUGAGCGGCGCCAUUACGUGUUCAACACUGCCCAGGAUGUGGAGAGCUUCUGGUUCGACCUGAUGUGUGUCUGCCUCAACACACCUCUGGGCGUGGUUCGAAGCAAGAGAAAUGGAGCAGCUGAUGAAUCCACUCCUCCUUUUGUGCACGAUCACAGCGUGAUUGUUGGAAUGGGUUACCUGCUAAAAGGCAGCUAUGAGGUGUGUGAUGAUGGCUCCAUACCAGGAGACGGUAGAGGAGCAGGAGGUCGAGACUCAGAGCUCUUCAGUCAUCUUAAACGCAACUGGUUGUGGACAAGUCACCUACUUAAUACUAACACGAAGUUAAGUGGAUCACAGGCACCAGAUCCCCAACCAAGACUGAAAAGUCUGCUGAGUAGAAGUGCCCUGAGGAUGGCGCUUCAAGCUGGAAAUGCCAUUGCACCUUCUUAUUUGACCAACAAACGGCCUCUGAUCAAAGAAAACAUCAAGGUGGGGAUAGAGCCAGCUUUCAGAAACCAGCAGGUCGUUGGAGGAAAGGGACAGAAGAGGAACAAGAAGAAAAAAGAAGCGGUCAAGGUCCAGCGCAAGUCGAAGAAAGAACCUAGAAAACGCACUCUAGCCCAUGAUGCGACAGACCACCAGGCUCUGAAACGGAUGACCAGAAACAGAGUGUACUGGUCUGUUCAGGAGGACUCCAUCAUGAUGCUCUGCUCGGUGGCGUCAGACCUGCUCAACAGCAAGCUUAAAAGGCCUUUUGUGCCUCACUGUGUUGUAAGAGACAUUCUCCACGCAGAGUUUGACAAAUCGAAAGAUAAAACGUCUGUCUCUGUUGCACGUCGCUCAACUUACAUUCUUAAAAAUCCUCAAACGGUUCUGAACUACAGGAUCUGUUUGGCGGAGGUUCACCAGGACAAAGCUCUGAUGACACUGUUGGAGGAGAACAAACCGGCUGACCCUAAUGACCCAGAGGCCUGUGCCAAAGCCUUCUCUGAAUACAUGCGCCUGCUUAGACAGAAGUUCAAAACCAUCAUGGAUGAUCGUGCCCCAAUGAUACCAGACUCUCAAGAGCAGAUCUUUUCACAAUAUAAAGUUUCUGCAAUAGAUGAUGGGAAACAUGUCAUUUACAAAGACACCAUCAGCUGCAAAGAAGACAUUUAUGCUGUCGUCUUGUACAAUUUGAUCCAGAGCUCUCUGGUUAUGACCAAUGGUCAGAUGAAAUCUUCCCGAUCAUUUCAGACCUUCCAGACGUACAAUAAGUAUGAUCAGGAGCUGCUCUGUCGAGUGUUCGUCCAAUGCAGGAAGAGGGGCCUGUACAAUCGGCGCCGCAUCACUCCGAGUUUGGAACCAAAGAGGAACAGAUGUCUUCCCAUUCUGCCCAUGUCAUUCCAGAUGUCUCAGUCCUACUACAGGCGUUUCUCAUGGCGCAUUCCUCAUUCCCUGUGCACCGACUCCUUCUGCUUCUUGAGAAAUCUAAUCACCAACGGGACAGGGGACAACCGACCAGCCACCGCUUUCUACCAUGAAACUGAAAUCAGGUCACAAGCCAGUGAGGAAACGUGUGAGAGAAAAACGGCAAGAAAAGGAAAGCCCACUUCAACCAUGGACUCUCACAAGCAGACAGCUGGAGAGGAAUCCACAACCGAAGUAAACAACAGCCAAAGUAUAAUGCAGGGAGAAGAGAAACCUGUGGAAUCGGAUGGGAAGAUUGAGAGCACUGAUGAGAAGAUCACAUUAGAUGAACAAAAAAUCCCAGAAUGUUCUGCUCAAUCUGGAGCUGAUGAUGGUUCCUCAAGCAGAGAGCAGACAGAUGAUCAUGUCCCUGAAGAGCCAGAAGAGGCCCCAGCUGCUAAACCCGGAGCAGCUCCACAGGAUCCUCCUGAUCUAUCAGAUAUGCUGAAGUUCUCUCUGAACAAUCCAGGAGGAGCUUGCGUCGUCUCCCUCAGCCUGAUGACUCUAGGGCUGCUAAGCGUUCAUGUGUCCAUCCCCAAGCAAAUAGUCGUGGUGGACAGCAGCCUGGUGGACAAUGAGGUAGUCAAGAGGUGAGUUCCUGGUUCACUG